UUUCUCCAGCAGAUUGAUCGGAGCGGAGGAUUUACGCGGGUCCUGUGUCGCCGGGCGCAGUUUCCAAGAUUGUACAUGUAUUUUUGUUUUAUUACUGUUAACUGAAAGUUUUAUUUAUAUGCUAGUUUAAGUUUCAAUUGUGAAUACUACCACCAUCCACGAUGGAAUACCGUGAGCAGAAACUGUUGAAAAAAAAGGUCAAGUACGCGAACGAGGACAACUAUGGUGCGCUGGCCGAAACGUGCCUGCUGCUCGGCGAGCUGUACAAAGAUCGGGAAGAGCAUCAGCGCGCUCUGAACGAGUACAAGCUGGCGGCCAAAGCGUACGAGAAGCUGCACAAACCGAUGGACCGUGGGCUCGCCUUCCGGAUGGUCGGCGAGAUGCACUGCACGCUGGGCCAGUUCAAGGAAGCGCUCACCAACGUGCACGCGUACAUGCGGGCCGCCCAGCGGGAAGGCAACACGAAAGCACUGCAGGAAGCGCACACUACCGUUGGGCGGGUCUAUCUGGCCCGGGCGGAAUCGAACCAGCGCCUGGGCAAACCGGCCGAAUCGGAGACAGAUUUGGCCGAGGCAGAAAAGUCCUUCCGUACGGCCCUUUCCAUCUGUGACGAGUUGAAGCGCGUGCUGUCGAAAACGGAACUGAUCAACAUGCAGGCCCGUGCGCAUCUCAAUCUCGGACUCACGUUCGACUACCAAAACAAACCGGAUCGUGCCAAGGAGCAGAUGGACCGAGCGAUACGGUUGGCGAAGGAAGCGGACUUGUUCGAGCUGCUCUACACGUGCUACAACGCGAUGGCGUUGUGUAGUUCGCGGUGCGAAAUCAACCCGGCACCCGGCGACGGGGGCGAACACUGUGGUCAAACGUUGCGCCUGCUCAACCUAAGCCUGGAGGUUGCAUCGCGCUUGCCAAGCCGGGCGGCCAAGAUGUGCCAAACGCUAGCGCUGAUGGCAACGUUCUUCCUUCGCAUGGAUGACUUCCAGAGUGCGCGGCAAGCGCUGAAGCGUGCCUACCGGCUCAAGACACCUGUUGCCGGUGAUGCGAAGCGGAUCGCGCGCAAGCUAAAAGUGCUCGUUGCCAUGUGCCGCAUGGAGGAUGAGCUGAUCACAACCGAUGCGACGAAUUACGCCCGGCGCAAGGAGCUGUACGAGCGCAUGGGUGACGGGGCGUGCAAGCUGCGCAACUUCACCAAAGCGAUCGACUACUACAAACGCAUGCUGGAAUGCGCAGAAGCGAACGGUGAGGCCGACCGGCAGCUCCUGCCGUGCUACGUGAGCCUUUACCAAACGUACAUCGACAACCGGCAGUACGAGCAGGCGCUGGAGUACCUGUGGAAGGAGCACAGCAUCAUAGCGCACGAGCCGCAAGAAGCGUACCACACACUGAUGAAGAUUGCCAAGCUGUACGAGCGGCAGAAGCAAUCGUUCUUCACGAUACAGACCGUCUAUCUGCAGGCGAAGGAUGAAGGCAAAAAGCUGAACUCGAUCGAGCUGCAGCGGGUGCCGGUGCAGCGGGCUGUGAAGCUGCUGCGUGCCAACUGUAUGGAUUUGAUGGCGGACAAGCUGGAGCAGGAAGCGAUCGCGGAGGGUAUCGAACUGUCGAGCACCGUCGAGCCGGACAGUGAAGAGCUGCCGGAUGCAAACCAAUCGCUUGAUUUGGCAGAUUACGACGUGGACGAGGAGGAAGAGGAAGCAGCGGACGCGGAACACGAUACUCCGGACGUGGGUGAUGAGAUCGAUCUGGAGGUGGAUCUCUCGGACGAAUCUGACGGUGAUCCUGCGCUCACGAUCGGCGAAGAUCUAAACAACGCGUCCGCAGCGGACACAUCGUUGAAGGGAAGAAAGCGUGGCAAACGGUUUACGGUGCGCCGCAACAAGAAGGGAGAGACGCAGCUGCAUCAGGCGGCCAUCUCCGGCAACAAAACGCUUGCCGAGCAGUUGCUCCAACUGGGCCAUCCGGUGAACGAGCGCGACUAUGCUGGGUGGCUUCCGCUGCACGAAGCGUGCAUACACGGACAUGCGGAGAUUGUCGCGCUGCUGCUCGAUCGUGGUGCGCACAUAAACGAUAAAGGUGGUACGAGUUGUGAAGGGAUUACGCCACUGCACGACGCCUGCCGUAACGGGCACUUGAGCGUGAUAACGGUGCUACUAGAUCGUGGAGCGAACGCCACGCUGCGGAACGAUUACGGGGAAACCGCCCUAAGUAUGCUGGAUGGAUGGUACGAAAAGCUAAAGGCACCUUUAAUGAGUGCUGAAACGAAACAGUAUAAUGAUGUGCGGGAGCGUCUAGUGGCACAGUUUAAUGCGGCGGCCAUUACCGUCUCACCACCAGCGGCUUUGAAACCUACAAGCACCGUCGGUCGUGGGACGAGACGACACACUUCAAACGGAGAUCUGGAAGCAUCCAUCCCGCCGUCAGCAAUAUCUCCAUCGCGAUCGAGUCGAUUGACGCCAGCCACUAGCACCAACUCUUCCGGGUACGUCAGUGAGGUGGGCGGAUCGUCCAGGCAUCGGAACGUCAUAUACGACGAUGAGAACGAUCACUACAGCAGUGCGGAAGAUUCGCCCAGUGAGGAGGAUCGCGAGCAUCGUGCCGUAAUCAAACGGAAAUCAACAUCUGCCGGUGUGUCGGAGUACCUUAGCGUCAUGAAAGCGAUGCGCAAAAACCAUCUCGCGGACGAGCCGAAGGCUCCUACCGCCUCCGCGCAGAAGAAACGUCCAGCGUGUAGAUACUACGACGAAGAGGAUGAGAAGGACGAUUGGCUGAUCGAUGAUAUGAAGCAGUCGGCUAAAAAGAGUCGCGUUAUACGCGAUCUGCAGCGUACGGCGCUGGUUGGUGGUAGCUUGGAGCGGAGCAAAUCUUCAUCGUCCCUGCCGGCCACCAGUCGUACCGUCGAGCUGGGUGGCGAUCCAACGGCGCGGUUAAACUCCCUCCUCGACUCGGACGAUGACGAUCCGUUCGAGGUGGAGCCCGAUUCGCACGACAAACGAUCGCAGCAGGAAAAUGGCAAGGAGGGCAGUGCUUUUAACGUGCUGAUGAACAAUUCAGCCAAAAGCUUCCGACGCACACAAUCGCGCCGAAACUCGAACGAAUCACGCUCGCUGUACGGUCGGCGAUCUUCCACACAUCAAACGUCACUGCUCGAGGCGGGUUUCCAGCGCGUUGCUAGUCCUUCGCUGGAGGAAAAGGAAAACCUACUGCCAAAGGCGGCGGGGACUACUUGCUCCCCUGCCAGGACGCCGAUUAAACAGACGGGCGAAUGCCGUACGCAGCCCUCGUUGCGUGACGCUACGCAGAAGUGCACGAUACAGGUGAGGCUGGACAAUGGUGAGGUGUAUCGGGUGAGCUACGACGAGAAGCUUAUUUUUACCACACAAACGGUUGGAUGGUUACGGAAAGCUGUCGCCAAGCAGUAUGCAAUGAAUCAUGGGAAACGGCCAAUUAUCGAUCUGAAGCCAGCGGAGGGUUGUAUCGUGAAUUCUUUCUUCGAUUCCGACACGCUGAACGUAGUGUUGCAGAGCGCCUCCACUGACGGUGUGCUACAAAUGCACGGCCAAAUUACCGGCUGGGAACAUAUCGAUCUGGAGGAGUACUACGAAGAGUAUUGCGAACAACACAAGCUAGAAACCGACAAAGACCUGCGCAAGCGCCUCAUAACGAUGAACCGCAAUAAAAUCAUCACGAUCGAGCCCGACUUUGCGCAAACCGUUCCGGCGACACCCGUUCCCCCCAAGCACGUACUGUCGAUGGUGCUGACAGUGGCGUUCUUUCAGCAGGACUGGAUGAACCACCUGGACCUGUCGAUGAACGGCAUCACGGACGAUGACGUUGGUACGCUCGUGCUCUAUCUGCCCGCCUGUCGGCAGCUGCGUGUGUUGCGGCUGCGGAUGAAUCUGCUCACCAGCCGGAGUGUCGAGAUGCUUUGCUUUGGCUGUAAGAGCCCCUCCGAUGGCACAUCGGCAGCAGCAACAGCAACAGCACCACUCGGUGGAGGACAGCUAACCGAGCUGGACCUUAGCCACAACCCACUGCAAGAUGCGGCACUCGUCCCACUCGCCCGACUGUGCAGCAAUUUACCCCUGCUGCGCGUUUUGCGCAUUCGCUCGACCGAUGUGACACACUUCAGCACCACCGAUGCGCCCUGCAUUGAUGUGAGCCGGUUAGAAACGUUCGACAUCUCUGAGAACAAGCUUACCGAACGCUCCGUAGCGUGCCUGCUACAGCAGCUAGGCGACGGUGUGCUGCGGGAAGCAUACUUCCGGUCUCUUCCCGUGCACUGUGAUAAUUUCAAGCCGAAGCUUUGGCAAACCCUGACCGAGCGGCAACGGUUGGACGGGAUGCGUGUACUAAGCCUCACCAACUGUCGGCUGUCGGACGAUGAGCUGGAAGGCUCACUCUUCCCCGCCCUCGGACCCAACUGUCCCGCACUGACCCAGCUCGACCUAUCGUACAAUGUUGCCCUCACGAAGCGUUCCUUUGUGGCCCUGUUGCGGUGUUGCGCUGGGGCAGUGUUUCGCCUAGAAGAGGUACGCUUUGACCAUGACGUGCAGCUGUGGGUGGAUCUGGAAACGGACGAAUCGAUACGAUCGAUGGAACACAGCCCGACGGGCCGCUAUCCACAGCAGAUACAUGCCAUUCUGCCCGUCCACGGGUAUGAUGAGCAGCGGUACGCGAAACUACUCGCCGUGAUCGAGCAGCUGUGGCGUUCACUGUGGCCGGCGGGCCAAUCGUACACACGGCGCCACGAAGGCAACGGGCUACAGGUAACGCUCAGCACCGAUCCGGUGGGCUAAUGAUGCGCUUUGUUUCGUUGUAGAUAGGUUAAAUAAAGUGUUUAUAGGAAUUUUGACUACGAACAAAAA